UAUAAUACCCUCUUGAAUUUCAUCUUCUGAUUCCCAAUUAAAACGUAUUUUGUCUUUUGCAAUCUGCACCCCAAAACCGCCAUGGACAGAACAGAAAAGCUUCACAUAGCUAUGUUCCCAUGGCUAGCUUAUGGUCAUACAAUGCCGUUUCUCGAGGUUUCCAAAUUCUUGGCUCAAAAGGGUCAUCGAAUAUCCUAUAUUUCCACCCCUAAAAAUAUUAGUCGCCUCCCUAAACUUCCCCCACAUCUGUCCUCUAACUUAAGUUUCGUCGAGUUUUCUCUUCCCCAUGUUCAUGGCUUACCUCCAGGAGUUGAGUCCACUUCUGAGGUACCAAUAGACAAAGUCCCUUACCUUAAAAGGGCAUACGACAAGCUUCGAGACCCUUUAACUGACUUCCUCAAAAACUCAAACGUCAACUGGAUAAUCCAUGAUUUUGCACCUUACUGGUUACCUGGUAUUGCAGCUCCAUUAGGCGUCAACUUGGUUUUCUUCAGCAUAUUCAAUGCCAGCACGUUUGCUUUCUUAGGUCCACCAUCAGCUUUGCUCGGUGAUCGCCGGAAACGACCGGAAGAUUUCACGGUCGUCCCUGAGUGGAUAGAUUAUCCUUGCAACAACAUAGCUUUCAAGCUACAUGAGAUGGUGAACCACCAACAGUGCAUGGAUGACGACGUGUCUGAUUUCCAACGGAUGGGACGACUGAUUCAAGGUUGCCAAUUUGUAACCAUGCGCACCUGCUUCGAGUUCGCACGGGACGAGAUUAAAUUGCUUAUCAAGCUUUACCAGAAACCUGUGGUUCCUGUAGGCCUGUUGCCUCCGUUAUUAUCACUGCCAUCAAACGAGGAUAACAAAUGGGAAGCUAUAAAAAGCUGGCUUGACAGCGAAGGAGAGAAAUCGGUUCUCUAUAUUGCUCUUGGUAGUGAAGUGAAUCUAAGUGAAGAGUCCAUGCACCAAUUGGCAUUUGGGAUAGAGAAAUCCAACUUGCCCUUCAUUUGGGUGGUAAGGAACCGUCCGGUGGGUGAAGGGCAGAUGAAUGACAUAAUUCCUCCAGGGUUCGAAAAACGAGUGUCUAGCAGGGGCUUAGUGUUGAGGGAUUGGGCACCUCAGUUGCGGAUAUUAGCCCACUCUUCUGUUGGGGGUUUCUUGACUCACUGUGGUUGGAGUUCCAUAAUCGAGGCACUCAAGUACGGUCGAGCUUUGAUCUUGUUUUCUGGAGCAAGUUCGGAUCUAGGGUUGAACGCUAGGUUGUUGCAUGGCAAGAAGGUUGGGUUAGAAAUCGAGAGAAAUGAAGUGGACAGUUCGUUUACAAGCGACUUGGUGGCUGCAACCAUUAGGCGGGUGAUGGUGGAACCAGAAGGUGAGGUGUUUAGGGCAAACGCGUGGGCAAUGAGAGAGAUUUUUGGCAAUGAAGAUUUAAGCAACAAUUAUUUGAAUGAAUUCACUCGGUUCAUUGAAGAGUUUUCAACAUCAGCUUGUCAUUAUUAGGUUUACGUGGAAAUGGCUUUCUGGUAAAAGAAAAAAAGAAGUAUCCUAGAAAAAAGUUGUGUUAUUUGUUGUUUGUGGCAAAAUAAAUUUACAUCUUAAGUUUCUUAUUAUGUAUAAAAUAUUACUCUAAAAUCUAGAGUGAAUGAAUGUCAAAAUUUAUUUUCCAUUUCACAAA